UAUUAUUCAUAAUAUAGCCGUGACAUUGAAAAUGUCUUCGGUCGGUGUAUCGCUGUUGAUGUGGCUUCUGCGGUUUCAUGUUUCAUUCAUCAGGCACAUAUUCAGUUCCUUUUGAUUUAUGUUUAGAAUUAAAAAGCACAUAAGUGUGAGGUUCCAAGAGUUUAAAGCUUUACCUUCCGUAAUGAUGUUGUUUGUUUCCUUGGCAAAGUUAUGAAGUCAUCGUGGACAACACAUAACAGCACAUACAUAACUUUAAUAUGUGUACCACACUUCUUCCCGAUAUCGUGGGAAGUUCCAUGUUUUUUUCAUGCACAUAGAGAGUUAGGAUGGAAGAUAAUCGGCUCCAACAAGAGGAGGAAAUCGAGGUUUUAACCUCGAUCUAUCCUCAAAAUAUCACAAUUCACAGUACUCAACAAAUCGACUUGAGGAUACAAGACGCGAAUCAUGAGGCUUUGCUUCGAGUAUCAUUCCCUCCAUCUUAUCCUUCAGAGAGCCCUCCCAAUUAUGAGCUAUCCGCUCCGUUUUUAUCUACGGAGGUCAAAGAGAGUUUAUCUCAACAACUAGAUGCCCUUGGUCAAGACAAACUUGGCUUACCCGUAGUCUUUACAUGGGUGGAGGCCAUUCGAGAAGCCGUGGAACAAUGGACUAAAACUCUCGUCAGAAGUGUCGAAAAUGACGAUCAGGUGCCACUUAAAACUGAUUCGGAGCGCAUCUUGGGUGAUUUAGAAGCGAGACGUUUAGCAAUAGAAUGUCCGGAGAUAUUCACUGGGGACCCCAUUGAGGAUCGGAAAAGCAUAUUUCAAGCCCAUUUUGCUCGCGUCCAGAAUGUGGAGGAAGUGCAAGCUGUGCUAGCUAAAUUGAAGGAGAACCGCAAAAUCGCCAAUGCCGCGCAUAAUAUGUUUGCUUAUCGAAUCAAAAAAACAGAUGGAAAACUCGUGAUUCAAGAUUGUGAUGAUGAUGGGGAGAAUCAAGCGGGUAGUCGCAUGCUUCAUCUUUUAGAGAUUAUUGGCGUUGAAAACGUGGUUGUGGUCGUAUCACGAUGGUUUGGCGGUAUUCAUUUGGGUCCAGAUCGAUUCAAACACAUCAACAACGCGACGAGAAACAUUUUAGAAAUCAAUGGAGCCAUCAGCAAAGACCCCAAUUUCACGACAACCAAGUGCAGAAAAUGAUGACACCUUAUUUCCCAACAAAAAAGUUGGUUCAAUUACUCCACAAAAUGUAAUUAACUACAAAAACAAAUAUGUCGUCUAAACAUGAAAUUUCUUUCAAGUAUAAAUUCAUGCCAAGCUCGUUGAA